AUUUGUGUGGCCAACAUCGAUGCAGCAACCAACAAGCAACAACCAUGACUUUCCAAGCAUUUUCCACAAAACAAAAUCUAAGGCUUUUUUUUUCCCCUCACUUUAGGUAAUGGCUUCCUUUCCUUCCAAUACUUGUUUUUGAAAACCAAAAAUUUUGAUUUUGAGCCAACAAUUCUUCGUUAAAUGAAUUACAUAUAAAUUUAAUAUCUUUCGUAUAUAUUCUUCUCCCACACCACCACGUAUGGCGGCUCUGUCUCACCCAUUUCUCUCUCGGAUCUUACUUUCCUCCUCUCUUCUCUCCCCAACUUCCAAACCACCAUCACCCACCACCAAAUUUCUCUUCUCUAUCUCUUCAAACCCACUCAAGCCAUUGCCGUCAAGAAAGAACCAAACGCAGUGCGGUGCAAUCGCAGACAUCAAAGCCUCACCUCCAUUUGAUGAUCACAAAGACGUGCUCUUGGAUGCUACAAUCGAGGAAGAGCACAGAGGGGAAAGAGACGUGGCGGACUAUGAUUGGACGGAAGAAUGGUACCCUCUGUAUCUCACAAGGGAUGUCCCUGAAGACGCACCUUUGGGUCUCACUGUUUUCGAUAAGCAGCUUGUAUUGUAUCGUGAUGGGGCUGGGGAGCUUCGCUGUUACCAAGAUCGCUGUCCUCACAGGCUGGCAAAACUCUCAGAAGGGCAGUUGAUAGAUGGAAAACUGGAAUGCUUGUACCACGGUUGGCAAUUUCAAGGGGAUGGAAAAUGCGUAAAGAUACCUCAGCUUCCUGCUGAUGCCAAAAUUCCUCGAUCAGCCUGCCUUAAAACUUAUGAAGUUAGGGACUCCCAAGGGGUUGUGUGGGUUUGGAUGUCUCAGAAAACACCACCAAACCCAAGUAAACUACCAUGGUUUGAGAACUUCGCGAGGCCAGGGUUUCAAGAUAUUUCAACAAUCCAUGAACUCCCAUAUGACCAUUCCAUACUUCUGGAGAAUCUUAUGGAUCCUGCCCACAUUCCAAUCUCACAUGACAGAACAGAUUGGACUGCAAAGAGGGAAGAUGCUCAAGCACUGGGUUUCGAGGUGACCGAACGUUCUAAUCGGGGAUUUGCAGGGUGGUGGGGAAAGGCAACGGAUCAACCAUUGCCAAACUUCUUACGGUUCGAAGCACCAUGCGUGCUUCAGAAUAACAGGGAAAUUGUUGACAAGAACGGACAAAAGGACUACUUUACUGGUCUGUUCCUCUGUAGACCAAGUGGACAGGGAAAAUCUAUGCUUAUUGUGAGGUUUGGAGGUACAAAAAGAUCCCCAUUGAUAAAAUUGUUUCCGCAAUGGUACUUCCAUCAGAAUGCAUGUAAGGUCUUUGAGCAGGAUAUGGGAUUCCUUUCGUCCCAAAACGAGGUUCUCAUCAAAGAAAAAGUUCCCACAAAAGAGCUUUACCUUAAUUUGAGGUCCUCGGAUACAUGGGUAGCUGAAUACAGGAAGUGGAUGGACAAAGUUGGUCACGGUAUGCCUUACCAUUUUGGACACAGCACCAUAUUAUUGCCUAAAGAGCCUGCUGUAGUAGAACAUGCUCCAGCAGGACUAGUUGCUGGUGUUUCAGCCUCUGCACCCGCCAAGGGAGGAAUUGGAUCGAUGCAUGUUCCGAAUUUGAACAACAGAUAUUUCCGGCAUGUAAUCCAUUGCAAAGGUUGUAGAAAUGCAGUCAAAGCUUUCCAGACAUGGAAAAUUGCCCUGUCUGCAAUUGCUAUAGCGAUGGUCGCAGUGGCAAUUCUUGUGUCUGGAAGGCAGUGGAAGGCGCUUCUGUUGGUAGCGGCAGCAGCGUGCUCGGGUGGGGCUUAUGCAUGCUCAGCUGCUAUUGCCUUGAAUACGACCAACUUCAUAAGGAUUCAUAGGAGAGUGUGAGCCAUCAAAUGGUUUUUUCUCUGGUAGAUUCUAAAGUGAAUGAAAUAGGACUUCAAUGCAGAAAUUGCCCGUAUUCUUUUACGUGCAGAUGCUUGAAAUAUUUCCAGGAAACGUUCAUUGCUUAGUCUAUAUAAUUAAUCUAAUCUCGAGAAGAUAAAAGGUAGAGUUUAAAAUCCACAA